CUGUCGCUUCGCUUGUUGUUUGUUUGUGUAGCCCUGGAUGUAGCAGCGUGCGUUCUCCAAAUUCGGCAACUUUCUGCUAAUUUCUUACCAGACUUUUUCCCAAUAAACGCUCUCAACCAAAAGAAAUAAUUCUGGAGGUUCGGUGAACGCAGGAAGCCGGCAACAUGAGCACAGGAAAAGUGGUAACGCCGUCUGUGGAUCUCAGCUCCUACCGCGACCAGCACUUCAAAGGCUCUCGCACCGAGCAGGAGCGUUUGCUGCGCAACUCCACCACCAUGUACAUAGGCAAUCUGUCGUUCUACACCACCGAAGAGCAGAUCUACGAACUGUUCUCCAAGUGCGGGGACGUCAAGCGAGUAGUCAUGGGCCUGGACAAGUACAAGAAGACUCCCUGCGGUUUUUGUUUCAUAGAAUACUACAACCGUGCUGAUGCCGAGGCCUGCAUGAGAUACAUCAACGGCACCAGGUUGGAUGACAGAAUCAUUCGGUCUGACUGGGAUGCUGGGUUCUCAGAAGGGCGUCAGUAUGGCAGAGGAAAGACUGGCGGACAGGUGCGUGAUGAGUACAGGACAGAUUACGACAGUGGUCGAGGUGGAUUUGGCAAAAAUGCUCAGCCUAAGUCAGCUGUGCAGAUGUUCCCUGGGUCAACUACUGGUGGAAUCCCGUAAUUAUUUUGUACAUACAAACUGUAAACGUGAUGCUUUCGCUAUUAUAAAACUAAUUAACAUGUA